AUGGAUUUUGUGAGUGGGCUGCCCUUAACGCCUAUCAGGAAUGAUUCGGUAUGGGUUAUUGUAGAUAGAUUGAUAAAAUCUGCUCAUUUCAUACCAGUUCGUACUGAUUACUCUUUGCAAAAGUUGGCUAAACUGUAUGUGGCUGAGAUUAAAAAUAUACUGAGGUUUGGACGGAAGGGUAAGCUUAGCCCUAGGUUCAUUGGGCCUUACCGUAUGCUGAAGCGUGUAGGACUGGUCGCUUAUCAACUUCAGUUGCUUCCAGAAUUAGACCGGAUUCACGAUGUGUUCCACGUCUCCAUGUUAAGGUGUUAUCGCUCUGAUCCCACACACAUAGUACCAGUUGAGGAGAUCGAGAUUAGGCCAGAUCUAACCUUCGAGGAGGAGCCAGUGCAGAUAUUGGACCGUAAGGUUAAAGUACUGAGAAAGAAAUCUAUUCCAUUAGUCAAGGUGCUUUGGCGUAACCACAAUUCAGAAGAAGCCACGUGA